AUGAACGACGCAGAACUGUACGCCAAAUCGAGCAGCCCCCAGCAGCAAUUCGUGAACAAGGUGCUGGAGGAGCUGUGGCCGGUCCUGGAGUGGCGGUGCGAGCAAGGCACUGUGCUGGACGUUGGCUGCGGCGCUGGUGACGUCACGACACACGAGCUACUGCCGCGACUGCCGCCAGGAGUCAGCGUCCUCGCUGUAGACAUCAACCCCGCCAUGGUAGCCAAGGCCGCAGACAGGUUCUCCGGACCACGUCUGCGCUUCCGUCAGCUGGACAUUGGCACGCCGCGUAUUGAAGAAACCGACGUCUGGAGGUUAGGUCCAUUCCGAAAGGUCUUUUCCUUCUUCUGUCUGCACUGGGUGCAGGAUCAGAGAAUCGCUCUUCAGAACAUCAGCAAACUUCUAUCUCCUGGAGGUGAAACACUUGUGAUCAUUGUGAUCGGCAGUCCGUUAUAUAAGAUGUUUGAAAACCUGGCCACGUCCUCUCGUUGGAGUACCUAUAUGACGGAUUAUCGUCAGUUCGAAACCCCCUACCUACGUGCAAAAGAUCCAGUGGGUGAGCUGACGAAGUACCUGCAUGAAGCUGGUUUCUGUGUAAAAACGUGCCGCAGUGGGGACAACAGCUACAGUUCUAUGGAUGAACAAGAUCUUAUAAAUACAGUGACUGCAAUAAACCCUUUCGUCGGCAGGAUUCCCCAGCAGCUGCAGGAGGCCUUCAUGCAGGACUGUGUUACAGAGGCUUACAGGACCGGCGCGAUACGUGCUCACAGCCUGCCUAAUGGUACGGUCUAUUCCCACUCAUACAGUGCAAUGGUCGCCCACGCAAUCAAGAGCUAA